CUCCUCGGUUCAGCCUAUAUAAGGCUCGCAGUUUGCGCUCGGGGUACACGCGCUUCAACUUCGGUUAGUGUGUGUCGAAGAAACCUGACAACGUCCAGCGGAGUCCAGCGGAGAGGUCCACCGAGCCUCGCGGAAGGUCCACUGAGCGGCUCGCGCCCGCUCGCCCUGGGCGGCGGGGCCCCCAGUGGAUCCCACGCCUGGCCAGGUGUGGGACCCCGUCCUUCCUGUCUUCGCAGAGGAGUCCUCGUGUGACACAAGCGGGUUUUGAAAACAAAGAGGAGGAGGGGUGGAAGAGGGGGCCCGGAUCCAGGCCUCCAACCCCAGAGGAGCCAAGCCACGCCAACUCCUGGGAGGUCACCUCCCACCCCAACAGUUCCCAUGGGCCUCGCCGGCUGUCCCCCACCUCCCCCUCCCCCUCCCCCCAACAACAACAACAACAACAACUCCAAACCCAGUGGCCACAAGAGCCCCUGCGUGCCCAACAUGACCGAACGCAGGCGGAAUGAGCUCUCCGAAGAGAUCAACAACUUAAGAGAGAAGGUCAUGCGGCAGUCCGCGGAGAACAGCAACCUGCAGAACCAGGUGCAGAAACUCUCGGAGGAGAACAGCACUCUCCGCGAGCAGGUGGAACCCAUCUCUGAGGAUGAGGAGGAUGACAUCGAGCUGCAGGGUGCCGCAGCAGCCACUGUCCCAGCCUUCCCAAUUGAGGAGGAGGAGGAGGAGGAGGAAGAGGAGGAAGAGGAGGAGGAACAGGAGCAGGAGCAGGAGCAGGAACAGGAGCAGGAGCAGGAGCAGGAGCAGGAGCAGGAGCAGGAGCAGGAGGAUUGCCUGGAAGAGCUUCCAGAGAAGUUCGAUGGCAACCCAGACAUGCUGGCUGCGUUUAUGGCCCAGUGCCAGAUCUUCAUGGAGAAGAGCACCAGAGAUUUCUCAGUGGACCGCGUCCGUGUCUGCUUCGUGACAAGCAUGAUGACCGGCCGUGCUGCCCGCUGGGCCUCUGCGAAGCUGGAGCGAUCCCAUUACCUGAUGCACAAUUACCCAGCCUUCAUGAUGGAAGUGAAGCAUGUCUUCGAAGACCCCCAGAGGCGUGAGGCUGCCAAACGCAAGAUCAGACGUCUUCGCCAGGGCUUGGGGUCCGUCAUUGACUAUUCCAAUGCUUUCCAGAUGAUUGCCCAGGACCUGGAUUGGAACGAGCCUGCGCUGAUUGACCAGUACCACGAGGGCCUCAGUCGCCACAUCCAGGAGGAGCUGUGCCACGUCGAAGUUGCCAAGUCGCUGUCUGCCCUGAUCGGCCAGUGCAUUCACAUCGAGAGGAGGCUGAUCAGAGCUGCUGCUGCACGCAAGCCGCGCUCCCCUUCCAGGGCACUGGUGCAGGCUCAACACCACCAGGCGGAUCCCACCGAGCCCGUGGGAGGUGCCCGCAUGCGCCUCACCCAAGAGGAGAAGGAAAGACGCCGCAAGCUGAACCUCUGCCUCUACUGUGGGAACGGAGGACACUACGCCGACAACUGUCCUGCCAAGGCCUCCAAGUCUUCACCGGCGGGAAACUCCCCGGCCCCGCUGUAGAGGGACCAUCAGCGACCGGGCCGGAAAUCAUAAGGUCCCAAGAAGAUUUUUUGUCACCGCAUUUGCAAGUGAUGCUCCAGAUCCAUCUCCCGGGCAGACAGACCCUGUUCGUCCGAGCCAUGAUCGAUUCAGGUGCUUCUGGCAACUUUAUCGAUCACGAAUAUGUUGCCCAAAACAGAAUUCCUCUGAGAAUCAAGGACUGGCCAAUCCUGGUGGAAGCGAUUGAUGGGCGCCCCAUAGCAUCGGGCCCUAUCGUCCACGAAACACACGAGCUGAUUGUUGACCUGGGAGAUCACCGCGAGGUGCUGUCCUUCGAUGUCACUCAGUCUCCGUUCUUCCCCAUUGUCCUGGGGGUUCGCUGGCUGACCACCCAUGACCCCAACAUCACCUGGAGCACCCGCUCCAUCGUCUUCGACUCCGACUACUGCCGAUACCACUGCCGGAUGUAUUCUCCAGUACUUCAGUGUCUGCCACCAGCACCGCACCCGGCACUUUAUUACCCUGUCGGCGGUUACAGAGUUUACCAACCUUACCAACCAGUGAGAUAUUACUUUGUGCAUAAUGUGUACACUCCAGUAGAUGGGCACGUCUACCCGGAUCAUCGGCUGAUCGACCCACACAUUGAGAUGAUCCCUGGAGCACACAGCAUUCCCAGCGGACACCUGUAUCCACUGUCCGAACACGAGAUGGCUGCUCUCCGCGAAUUUGUGGCCAGAAACGUGAAGGAUGGGCUGAUCACCCCAACCAUCGCACCAAACGGAGCUCAGGUUCUCCAGGUGAAGAGGGGGUGGAAGCUACAGGUGUCUUAUGCUUGCCGAGGCCCAAACAAUUUGACCAUCCAGCAUCAGUAUCCUUGCCUGACUAUUCCAAAUUUAGAUGACCAAGCACACCUGGCAACCUACAUGGAAUUCGUUCCUGAAGUUCCUGGAUACCCCUCCUUCCCUGUCCAUGCCACCUACCCCACCCACCACACCUACCCCACCCACCCCACCCACCCCACGCACCCCACCUAUCCCAUCUAUCCCACCUACCCAAUGGGAUUUGCAUGGUACCCGGUGGGACGAGAUGGUCAAGGAAGAGUUCUCUUUGUACCUGUUGUGAUCACUUGGAAUCCACACUGGUACCGCCAGCCUCCAGUACCCCAGUAUCCACCCCCACAACCACCACCGCCACCCCCACCCCCUCCUCCACCGCCCUCCUGCAGUACCUUGUAAAUACCUGUCAUGUCCUUCAGGGUCUCCACCCUUGAAGUUUAUUCCUGUGCAGCUUCUCAAUCAGUGACUGUGGGCUAAACUGAGCUCCUGUAUCUUCAGGCCACCUGAUGCACAUCUCUGAAAGGCCACUGAAGGUCAGGGCCACCCUGAACUGGCACACAUUGUAAAACAGAAGACCCUCAGCAAUUCUGGAAACAACAGAAUGCCCACAGACUCUCUCAGUGUUCAGCCUUGACUGCCAAUAAAUACGUUUACCGUUGCCUGGGUUUUACCUGGGGAACCCACCAUCUAAAUUAUAGGCUGCCAGAUUUUUUUUACAGAGAAGCUGAUGCACACACAGGAAAUGCUGAUUUCUAUAUGGAGGGGGAGACAAGCAGAAGGAGGACAUGACCUUUGUUGCAGUUUCGGUCCUCUGCAUUAUUAGAGACCGACGCCUUAUAAAGGAAGCCACAAUUAACUGGUGCAGUAUGGAAAGGCUUCCGUGAUCUCCUUGCUGCACCCACAGGAACUUCACCAUCUUCAGACUCCACUUUCAUGGUUCUUUAAUUCUCAAAGAGCAGCAACUGGACUGGUUCUCCUAGGAGCAGGCAACCCCUCUCCCCCCAACAUGGAACAUCUCAGGCCUGAGAAGGAAGUGCAGACGGACUUGCAUGGUAAAGAGUGUGCCUUCACAUCCUGGUGCAAAUCACAGGUACCCAAGAACUUCGGCUUUGACACAACAUCUUACCAUCACCAUGCCAGUAAUGGCUCCCAUUCAGUGUUAACCUGGCAACCAGAGAAUGCUGGUAGCUCCAGGCAUGUUAGGUCUUUGUCAGAUACUGUGACAACCUCUGGAUCAUGUCUGAGGGCUAAGGAUAGCAAAUCAAAAGGACUGCUGAAUCUUGUACCCAAUUCUUAACAGGUUCUGGUUCUUCAGAAAGAAUUUUCAUGAGUGCUGUCAAUUGAAGUUUUAAAGCAUCUGUCCACAUCACUUUUCCACCAUAUGCAUCUGGGCAUUCCAUCCCCUCAUCAGGUGAAGCAUUAGGAUGCAUAGAGAGGGGAGAGAAUUAUCAUCCAAACCUGUGCAUAGGAGGAAUCAGAGCACUGAGUACUGUCUUGAGAAUGUACACAUCUAAGUGAUCAGAGACUGACCUGAAACUGGAUGAAAGGCCUCUGAAACCAACUCCAAUGACUCAGUCCAGUGACACCUCUGGUGUCCUCUGGAUGCUUUGUGCUAACCUGGGACUGCCUGACUUCUCUUAGCCUGGUCCCUUGCUACUACCUUGAGCCAUUUGUCUAACCUCUCUUUCUGUUUGAUUCUUUACUACUGCCAUUAACCCUGCUGCAGGAUCAGUGUCACCUUCUUGCCUGGUUGCUGAGACUCUAUGUUGCUGCCAUGCACGGAGAGGAAAGAAGUGGGCUUGCGGAAGCACGUGUUUCUACACAAUUGCCAAAUCAGUGUGAGCAGUAGGAAACCACAUGAUUUACAUUUCUAAUUGCCUUUCAUGAAGAGGAGUCUUUACGGUGAAGUUUCUUUUUCCAUCAGCCUCAUCUCUUACACCCUCAUUACUACCCCUCUUUACCUUGCAUGUUUAAAUACUUCCAAGUUUUAGCUGUAGUAGCAUCUUUUACCAGUGUUUUAAAGUGGUGACUAUGCUUUCAGACAUUUCCAUUGAAUUAUGAAGUACUAUCCAGUUCUCUUUGAAACUAAGUAGAGAUAACGUAGAUUAUUUCCCUACUGUGAGCGUCUUACACACUGUGAAUGACAGGCUUGUCAGAACUGGAGUGUUUGUGAAAUAGUUUGUCUCGUUCAUCCUCAGUCUUACAUUUUAAUAUUCUAAAAUAUCAGUGCUAUCAAUUGGGCCUUUAAAAAUGACACAAAAUGAUAGACAAGUUCUAAGAUGAAUCCUAAUUGGUUAUUAAGUUUAAAACAACUUUUCCUUCCUUUCUUCAGUGGAAUCAGAAAGCUUGUCAAUCACUUGUGUGUUUUUUAGAGUAAUUACUGUGGAAAUGGUGCAUUUUUGCUUCUGAACUGUCAUGAAGUGUGAAGCAGUCACUUCAGUUUACCUCAAAUCUUACUCCAUCCUCCAUCUAUUUGAAUUCAAGUGGUUCUGUGUCAAACUUUAUAGUCAUCCAUUGAUCUCUGAGCUGCAGAGGGCCCCCCCGUGGGCAGCUACCUGCAGCCCUGGCCUGUGCACACGGACAUUUGCCACCGCUGCAAGCAGAAGUUUGGAGAAGUUGGCCAUCACCAGGACCAUCGGGGAGAGCAUGCUGAUGUGGGCUCUGAGCUCACUGAGUCCCUGCCACACAUCAGACUGUUUCCUAAAGCUUGUGGUUACCUUUUGGCAGUGUGUGCUGUGCCUUCUUGUCUGUACUAUCUAUAACCUGUAGAUGUUAAGGAUAAGUAAUCUUAAGUCUAUAGUACUGAAAUUUGGAUAAGUUUCCUUUCUUUCAGCUGAUUAGUUUUUUUGGGUCAGAUUUAUGUUUGGAUAAGUUUCCUUUCUCUCAAAUGAUUUAUUUUGGAUGAUCCAAUUUAUGUUAAUUGGCUCUUUUAAGAAUAUCUUUUAGCAUUUACAACAAAAUUACCUUUUUUCAUAAAAACAGGAAAGGAUGUUAGAAAGGGAGCAAAAUAAAGCAGAAAGGAGAUAGAUAAAUCAAAACGAUUAAAUCAAGUAGGAAAAAAGAUCGUAGUUGCUACUUGAGCCUGAAGAGAGAAGUAGGUAAGGAUGUUAGAACAGGAAGUUGAUAAUCACUUUUGAAGGGCCAAUUUAGUUUGAGCCAGGAGGUAUUUGUCUUGAUUAUUAGUUUGAUUAAAUCACGUCAAGAAAUACAGUGAGCUUGCAUAACAUAUGAGGAGCACAUCUAUAUGGUGUAGUCUGGAAUUCUGUUCAAGUUUGCAGGUAUCUCCUGGGCUCCUGAAAUGGUCUGGCUGUCAUCGACCACAGACACCUAUAUCAGAUUAGUUCCAAGACUGGCAACAGAGAACCUUCUGGAAAGAGCUGAGCAAUCAUGGAAGACCACCUGAGAAAAGAAGAGCCCAGUGGGAACUACGUUACUUUUGAUGGGACUGGAAGUUCUUUGUUGUUUCAGAUUGUAGAACACUGUCGUAUAUGUCUGUGGAACACUACAUUGUUUUAAUUUCUCUUAUGUUAUCACUUUAAGUAAUUGGGGGUAUAUAAUCAUAAGUAUUUUAGGACGGGAGGGACUAUUAAGUAAUCUUAAAUGGGUGGGGUUAUUUAGAUAGGAUAGUAUUAUGUAUUAGUUAUCUCUUUUAAGUGAACACAUAUUUACCUGUAACCCUUUAUCCUUGAAUUGUUACCUUUAAGAUUUCAAAUACAUUCAGAAGGAGCUGAAGGGUGUUCAGCCUAUUGGGAGCAAAUUGGACAUGAAUAAAAACCUAUGGAAACUUCAAAGAUAAUUAGAUGAAUAAUUGAGUAAAGGCCCUAGGUAUUAACUCUAGGGAGCAAAUUGUGAAAAAACCUUAAAAGUUGCAGGAUGUUUAGGUAUCCUUUGCGAAAUUGUUGCUAGAACGAAUUUGAUUAUGGUGGAUGAUAUUCAUGGAAGUUAUAGCAGAGUGAUGAAUCAGGAGUCUUACUUCUGCCCCUGUCAGUAUCCCUCCUACCCCCUCCCUUUUUCCCUAUCCCCGCACUCCCUUCCCCACAAUCCCUACCCCUUCACACUAUAUUGCUGUAUUCUCUUUACUCUAUGUAUCUGUAUUUACUCAUGUUGUAUCAAUGUUAUAACAAUUCAAUAAAGAUUUAGUGGUUA